UUUUUUCUUUUUCUUCUACUUUCUUAUGACAAAUCCAUCUUCUUGGCUAUACCCAUUCACUUAUUCUUUACAGACCACUUCAGGAGACAAUAAAGAACAAGAUAAUACAAACAGUGUUUGGUCAUGGCUAGGUUAUUCUAAUACAGCUGAACCAGAUAAGCAAACACCGAAAGAGACAAUAGAAGAAAUACCAGAAGAUACACUGGAAGAGACACCAGAAGAUAUAUCAGUGAAGAAACCAUUUUAUUGGAACUACUUAUUUAGUAAUUCAACAAGCAAGAAUGAACCUGACUCUAUAGAAGAAAAAUCAAAGAUGAAACAGAACGUCGUCUUGCCUACAUUUGAACAACAAGAAGAACAACAGCCACCUUCCUUUUUAUCCAAAGCAGUUCAAGCUAUUCAUUCAUUCUUAUCCACUACGCCUGAUGCACUACUACACAAAAAGAACAAAAAUAUAGUGAUUAUAGGUGUUCAUGGCUGGUUUCCUAUGAAACUUGUUCGUAGCAUGAUUGGUGAGCCCACAGGCACAUCUACUAAGUUUUGUGAACAAAUGACAGCUGCCCUUGAAAAAUAUUUUGAUAUGCAUAAUAUUAUAGAUGCCCAUAUCACUAGUAUACCUUUAGUAUGGGAAGGCAAAGUACUAGAGCGUGUAGAGAAAUUGUUUAGCCAAGUAUUAGAAUGGAGAGAGACCAUUCAAUCAGCUGAUUUAAUAUUAUGGGCCACUCAUUCUCAAGGUACGCCUGUGUCUACUAUCUUGCUUCAGAGAAUGAUCCAGGACAGACUAGUGACUCAACCUGUCUGUAUGUUGGCUAUGGCAGGUAUUUCUCAUGGUCCAUUUCCUUCAUUAAAAGGUAGUUUACUUGUUAAAUAUUUUGAAGCAGAUGCUGCCCGUGAAUUAUUUGAAUUUAUGCAUUCAGAUUCACCCAUCUCAGUCACUUAUCGAGAAGCCAUGGCUUACAAUCUACAGCACCAUGUUAAGGUAGUGUUGGUGGGGUCUAUGCAAGAUCAAGUAGUGCCCUUGUAUUCUGCUAUCAUGUCUGGCAUGUCCCAUCCGAAUAUCUUGCGUGCUGUCUAUAUCGAUUCCCAUCUUGAAGAUGACUUCUUGGUCAGAUUGAUUGUGUUUUGUAUUCGACUGUUGAAUAUGGGAUUAUCUGACCAUGGUUUUCUGAUUUAUAUCAGUGAAGUAUUGGCAGGGAAUGUGUAUGCAUUAGAAGGAGGUCAUUCUACUAUCUAUGAAGCAUUAGAUGUGUUCUUGUUGCCAUUACAUUAUGUGUUUGAAACAAAGCAAGUCCAUGUCAAAGCCAGGACAGAGACACAAAAGCAACGGGCCAUUCACCAAGUCGAGGCCAGUAUGGAUCCAUUUCAUGCGACUACUCGACUUAACCCAUAUCAUUUACCUUGGGCCAUGCGAGGUAUUUGGGAUGAUCCUCGUAUCAUUCAACAUGCGAUACUGAGUAAAGAACUAGAGCAACUCCAAUACUUGUUUGAACAUUGGUAUCCCACCACAGCUAAACUAAAGGAAAUCAAAUUUCGGUUAGAGCCUUUAAAAGCACGACUCUAAUAAAGAUCAAUUCUUUAAGGAAUGGAUUCUCCUUUAUGUGUGUUCAAGGAGAUUCAGUGGCUGAUAAACUUUGUAUGUUUCCCUCCUCUUUUUCUUCUUUCUUCUUUCUUUUAUGUCAAAUACAUUAAUAAAAGCAAAAGAAUCUUGUAUAGUGCAUACUAGACG